UGCUUAUUGUCUUUGUUCUCUAUAAGAAUAUCUUAUAGACACAAUAGAGAAUAUACACGACAACGCGUCAAUUGCCGUUGUUGGUCUCGAUACACUACUCAAGUGUACAGUAAAUGGAGCAGCAUCCAAUUCUGAUUCCGCUGCUGAGCGGAGGCGCGGCAGGAACAUGCACGGAUCUGUUCUUCUUCCCGAUAGAUACGCUCAAGACGAGAUUACAAGCCAAAGGCGGCUUCUUCAAAAACGGCGGCUGGACGGGCAUGUAUCGCGGCGUCGGUAGUGCGAUCGUGGGGUCUGCUCCCGGAGCAAGUCUGUUCUUCCUCACAUACGAAGCAAUGAAAUCAUCCCUCCUCCCGCUCUACAAAGCCCAUCUCCCGCCUUCCUUCUCAGACAACCUCGUCGAAGGACUAACCCACAUGACCGCCGCCUCCCUCGGCGAAAUCGCAGCCUGCACAGUCCGCGUGCCCACCGAAGUCGUCAAGCAGCGCGCCCAGGCAUCGCAAUACUCCUCCUCCCUCGCGGCGCUCAAGUCCGUGCUCGCAAACGACUCUGGCGAAGGGGUUUUCCGCGGCCUGUACCGCGGAUACUCUACCACCAUCAUGCGCGAGAUCCCGUUCACGAUGAUCCAAUUCCCGCUCUACGAACGCAUGAAACACGUCCUCGCCGCGCGCUCUGGACGGGACCAAGCCAACGCGGCCGAGGGCGCGCUGUGCGGUUCCGUGGCAGGCGGGAUCGCGGCCGCGACGACGACGCCGCUCGACGUGCUCAAGACGCGCAUGAUGCUCAGCGAGAGCAGGAUCUCGGCCGCGAAACUGCUGGCCGAGAUUUGGAAAGAGGAAGGGCUCGCGGGGUUUUAUAAGGGCGUCGGGCCGAGGACGAUGUGGAUCAGUCUUGGAGGAGCGGUGUUUUUGGGGGUUUACGAGGCGGUGAAGUCGCUUGUCACCGUCGCUGUUUCUUAGAAUAUAGAGUAAUUUUCGCAUGAUGCACUAUCUUCUUAUAUUUGUAUAGAGAUUCAUGUACCGCGCUUCGUAAUCACGGUCUUGCCCGCGACGCUCUUCUUCCUCGCAAACUUCAUAAACAGCGCAUUCACCCUCGCCUUAUCGCGCUCGAUCCCCUCCACAAACGGCAUAAUCUCCUCAACCGCCCACGCGCCCUUCGCAGCAAACAACCUCUCGAAUCUCGCCGCGGGCUCGAGCGGGAGCCGGUCGCAGGGCAGGUAGCGGAUUGUUUUG